AUGUUCGCGCUGGCGGCUUCCGCCAUCUCAACCGUGCGCGUUCGCGCGCUCUCCCCGCUGCACGCGCGCGCGCUUUCCCCCACCCUGCGCUGGCGCGCCCUAGCGGUGGUGCUGAUACUGGCGGGUGCGGCGGGAAAAGCAACUUCGGGGGGAACAGAACCAGGUCGGGGGACGUUAGUGCGCGGAGAGGGGAGCUUUGAGCGCAGUGGGGAGCGAGAGGGGGGGAAUGCUGGGGAAGAGUCGGUGGGGAAAGACGCGCGGGUGGGGUUGAGGCAACAGGUGGUGAGACGCACGUUACGAGCGGGCAAUGGGGAGAGAGGGGAGACGUGGAGAAGCAGUGACAGUGUGGAAGCACCACCAGUAAUAGCCACCAACAGUACCAGUCUCUCAUACCCCGCUCAUCCCUAUCACCUCUCGCACCCCCCUCGCCUCUCCCACUCCUCGCGCCUCUCGCACCUCUCUCACCUGUCAUACCCCUCUGAUGGGGCCGUGGCUUGGAGUGCGGUGACUCACGACGCACCUUUGGUGGUAGCAGCACCGCCACUCCCCUCUGAUGGGGUCGGGCGGCAGCUGCAGCAAGCCAAUAACCUCCCGCCAGAGUGCAGGGACGGCAGUGCCAUGGCAGCAGUGGCGUUGGGGACACACAUCCACGACUAUCUCUUCCCCGCCUCCUCCCCCCUCCCUGUGCGCCCCUUCGAGCUCUCUAUCUUCUCCUCCUCUCACUUUUCCUCCUCUCUUCUUUCCUCCUCUCUUCUUUCCUCCUCUCUUCUUUCCUCCUCUCAUCUCCCGCACUCCCUCUUCCCUGUGCAGGUCACUCUGACCAACAAGUGUGAGCAACGGGCCAUUGCACAGCUGAGCAUCACCAUUGCUGGCGAAACGAUUUUCUACCUCCUCAUGCCUCGCCUCCUGCUCGCUCACUGGGACUCCAAGAUGGAUGUUCACACUUUCAAGGUGAGUGUUGUUGACGCGCCUCAACCACCGUUGCUUGCCCUGCCUGUUGAGUGGAUCGGGGUUCAGGAUGGAUGUUUGUAA